UGAUUGACAGAAGGAGGGUUCGGGAUAUAACGCACACCUGGACUCGGUACAAAAAAAGGGCGCUGUGUGUGUGUUUUCGGGGGGGGGAUCGCUUACAGUGAUUUAGGAGGUUUAAAUAAAAACAGCGUUUUGAAACAUUUUAGAUUAGGAUGGCGAGCAUAGGACUGGCCGUGAGCGGCCCGAGCACGGAGGAGAGGGCGGUUUUUACGCAGCUGAAGCCUGUGCGGAUGUCGAGCGCAGACGGUGCGGAGGAUUCGUCCGUGUUUGAGGACGUCAAACCCACGAACCCAAUGGAGAUGGAUAAAUAUUUGCCCCAACAAGGGCCUCCAUCCCAAACCCUUACAGACAAAAAGUACCGUCGGGAAAGCGCCUCCGUAGUGGACGAGUACUUUGCGGACGAAAAGCCAGCCCCUUACAGCCUCAACAUCAACCUCAUCCUGCCCAACACGACCCAUCUUCGCACGGGGUUGUACCGCCCGACCAAACCGGUGUCUCAGAUCAAAACCGAGCCUGGCAUAGAGGCGUCCUGCAACAUCCAGACGCUCCCCAACUUCACGUCCGUCUUCAGUGUGCCACAGACAGUUGACAACCUGUUCAUUAAACCCAACAUGACCGUCGCCGACGAGCUUCACAUCGGCCCGCAGCAGCCACAGGUCUACCAGAUGGCCAUCAGCAACGGGAACCUCACCUCCAUGACUUUCUCCAACAGCCAGCAGGUGAACGGAGCAGGCAGGACCAUGCUCAACCUGAACGCCGUGGCCCUGACAACACCAUCAGGUGACUUUGUGAUACCGGACCAGUUCUACCAGCAAGCACAACCUGACAGCCUGCCGCCCUCGCCCCCCAACUCACAGCCAGGAAGCCCGGAAAAUCAAGCCGAGCUGAUUAACAUGGUUCCUCCUCCUCCACCUUAUCAGACCCAAAUGGGAGUAAAGGUGGCACAGAUGACCCCUCACUCUGUGCUGAUGACUCAGGGACAAGGCGUUCUCACUGGCCCCAGAUACAACCGAAGGAAUAACCCCGAACUGGAGAAGAGAAGGAUUCACCACUGUGACUUCCAAGGAUGCACCAAGGUUUACACAAAAAGCUCCCACUUGAAAGCACACCAAAGAACACAUACAGGUGAGAAGCCAUACCGCUGCACUUGGGAAGGAUGUGACUGGCGCUUUGCCCGCUCAGAUGAACUCACGAGGCAUUACAGAAAGCACACAGGAGCCAAACCUUUUAAAUGCAUCGCAUGCAACCGAUGCUUCUCGCGCUCGGAUCAUUUGGCGCUCCACAUGAAGAGGCACCAAAACUGAGUUGUCGACCACAAGGGGAAAAAAACAAAGAACUUUUUAAUAUUUGUAUAAUUAAAUAUAUAUAUAUAUAUAUAUAUAUAUAUAUAUAUAUAUAUAUAUAUAUAUAUAUAUAUAUAUAUAUAUAUAUAUUUCGUGUCUUUGACCAGAUCAAAUAUGUUUCUCUUUAAAAAGAAAAGAAAGGAAAAAAAAAAGAACUGCCAAUUUCAGCCUGACCACCAUUUUUUUUCUUAGCCCUAGGACUAGUACGAAGACCCGACUCGACUCGACUCGACAUGUUUUGGAGUGGAAUCCUCAGAAAUAGUUUCAUUUGUAGAUUAUUUUGUGCGACUGUAUAUAUUGUAUGUACCCGAGUGCUCUGUGUAUAAAUGUUGUGAAAUCUGUAGCCGACAUCUUUGACGCUCUGGUUUGAUCAGUGCUGUGUUUUCCAGCAGAAAUGCUUUCAAAGAACACCUUCAGCUUCAGAUUUGAUCACACAGUUUCCUGUGGAAUUUCCCAGUGUUAAUACCGCAGGAUAACUCAUUGUUCCUAACCUACACUGUUUAGAUUGGGAUCUCUUUAUUUUGCCCCCCCCCCCAUCCUUUUAUAAGAAUCUGAAUUUAUUUGCUAAGGAGUUGAGAGUACAGAGUUGAGUAAUGUUUGUUUUUCUCAGACAUUUGUAUCCAUGGAAACAAACCAUUUUAUGAGUAGCUUGAGCAAGAAACGACGACAGCUCUACCGGAUCAAUGGGUUCCUCUCGUCGUAUAAUGUCGAACGGAUUACACAUGCAGGAUUUAAGCCAAGUAGUUAACCAUGUUAAAUAUCCCUGUAUUAAUUAUUGACCGGUUCGGGUGUCGUUCAUCCAGUAAUCACUCAAAGGACCGACAAUACAUGUGCCAAAUUAUUUCAAAAAGAAAGAAAAGUGAGAAAGAUGUGAACUCCUUGGAGCAUUUCAAUAGCUGUGUUUAGUGUUUAGUGACACAUUUAAAACUUAUGCGAUAACAGAAGAACAAAAUAUCAUCUAUAACACUCGAACCAGAGCGUCUCGGCAAAACCACUGCUCGUCUUUAUUAUCACUUUAUUCUAAGCACUUCCUCCUUCCUCCGCUCUGUGUGUAUGUGUGUGUGUGUGUGUGUGCGCUCGCACCCCGUGUACAUUUCCUAUAGAGGAACUCUGAAAGCACCUGUACAUAUUGUAGCUAAAACUAAAAGUAAACGUGUAAAUAUUUGUCCUCUUUUAAGGUUUUCUUUUUAUCACGAACAAACGGGGAGUUGUUUUAAAAAAAAAGGGGGGGGGGGUGAGUUCAUCCUGUGCGGAUGAACACCGAUCAUUUUGUAUUUUGAUAUCUGAAAUCCUUAAAAAUAAAAACAAUCAAUAAUGUU